AUGGGAAGGCCGCUGCGGCGGGCAGCCCUCGCCGCCUGCUGGCUCGCCGCCGCCUUCGAGCUGCCGUCGGACGCGCCGCCCUGCGUCGUCGAGCUGCCGGGCGUCGGCCUCGUCGCGACGCAGGUCGACCUCGUGAGCCCGACGCACCGGUCGCGCUGGCCGCUCGGCGACCCCGUGCCGCUGUCGUUCCUCGUCGAGGUGCAGCCCUCGGAGCUGGCGGCCUACGACGGCCUCCUCUUCUGCGCGGGGCUCGACGGCGAGGCGCCCAAGUGCGCGCCGCUGGGCCGCAUCGCGCCUGCGCCGCUCCGCGGCCUCGAAGCGGGCGAGCACGCCGUCGAGGCCUACCUCGUCGUCGACGACGAGCGGCGCACGCGCGUCGACUGCAACCUGCGCGACCACGACGCCGUGACCUUCUUCGUCGACGAGGCGCCGCCGCCGUUCCCGCUGCGCGUCGUGCGCGGGCCCCAGGUCGUCGUGCGCAUCGAGGCCGCCGGCGCCUGCCCCGCGGCCGUCGACGCGCGCCUGCGCCACGCGGAGUCCGGCGCGACGGUCGACGCGCAGUGCCUCGAGUACAAAGGCGCGUUCGAGUGCGUCGCCGCCGUCGCCGAGCCGGGCAUCUACGAGGUUUUUGCGCUCCUCGGCGACGGCGGCGACGUCGCGUCGGCGCCGCGCCACGAGGUCCGCGUCUUCGGGGCCUUUGGGACCGCGGCGGCGUCGCUCGUCGCGGUCACGGCCGCGGACGACGGCUACUUCCGGCGCCUCUCGAACCUCGUCGGCUCGCUCCACUUCUGGGAGCCGGGGCUCGCCGUCGACUUCUACGACCUGGGGCUGGCGCCGGCGCACGCGGCCGCCGCGCGGGGCUGGGCCGACGUGCGCGUCCGGCGCCUGCCGAAGCGCGGCGCGCCGGGCGGCCUCCCGGCCCACGUCUACGACGAGGUCCACCUCGUCGGCUGGAAGUUCUGGGUCGUGCUCGACGCCCUCGAGCGCGACGCGCGCGUGCUGUGGCUCGACGCGAACGCGGAGCUCCGGCGGCCGCUCGACGCCGUCCGCGCGGCGCUCGACGCGGACGGCCACUUCUUCACCGUCGCCGGCCACCGCUUCCCGACGACGAAGACGACGCGGCCCGCGACGACGCGCGCGCUCGGCUGCCGCGCGCGCCCGGCGGAGUUCAUGGAGUGCACGUCGGCCUACCUCGGCCUCGCGCGGGGGUCCAAGGCCCACUACUCGCUGCUCCCCCUCGCCCAGAGCUGCGCCUUCGUCCGCGACUGCCUCUACCCGGCGGACGCGGUCAACAACACGAACAACCGGCGGGACCAGUCGGCCUUCAACGCGGCGCUCUGCGCGCUGCGGAACCGCGGCGACGACGACCUCUUCUGCCGCGCGGACCGGCGCUUCUGGAUGUGGAAGGGCCAGAGCGCGUUCGUGCCCGCGGACGACCCGGGCGACUGGAACGACAUGCUCCAGCGCAUCAAGCGCGCCGGCGCCUGCGACGACCUCAACGACUGCGAGCCCGGCGGCCUCUUCGCCGUCGACGAGGCGUCCCUGGCCGUCGACGAGCCCUACAUGUCCCUCGCGGAGCGCGCCCUGCACCGGCGCCUCCGCGGCAGCCCCGCGGCGCCGUCCGUCGCGUCCGUCCUCGGAAAGCGGCGCCCGAGCCGCGACGUCGAGCCCGACUCGCCCAAGACGCCGGGCAGCCCCGGCGUCGCGGCCUUCGCGCGCUCCUUCGCCGCCGCCGCGCGCAAGCGCCAGGCGCUCCGCCUCGGCAAGCUCGCGACGGGCGGCGCGCCCGCCGCGGCGCCGCGCGUCGCGGCGGCGGCGGCGCCGCCGCCGCCGCCCGCCGUCGACGAGCCGUCGCCGCGGCUCAUGGCCAAGGCCAAGCCCUGCGCGGCGACCAUCGCCCUCGCCGACAUCCGAAACCUCGCCAUCACCGCCUAG